GGGUGGAUGGCUGUUAGAGGUGUGGGGCAGCUGGAAGGGUGCAGGAGCAAUGGGACGAGGCAAGGGAGCCCACGCAUCGUGGGGAGCCUGCGCAGGGCCAGCACUGGCUCAGGUGGUGGAAGUCUGUCAGUCCUCCUGCGUGUACUGAGGUGAUGUGGUGCUGGAUGACAAAAGUGUGUGUGUGACAAGUAGGACACCGGCGUGACAGGCAGCUGUCACAGGAUUGCAAGGAUGAUGGUUUGUGGCGAAGCUUCAUGAGCGACAGCAGAAGUGAUGGGAUAUUCAGGUUCCCAACAGGCGAAAAGCAGGGGUGGUGCACUGGUAGAGCAAUACCAUGAAAAAUAAAUCAUGCACUUAGACAUAGAAACCCCCAUGUGGAAAGAAGCUCACCUUUAAAUCUAGACAAUGCUCUUAAAAUUGUUUUGCUUGCUUCUCACAGUUUUGGAAGGUGCAUGGGCACUAGAGCAAUACCAGUUAUCUCUUUCCUAACAGUAGGUAAUUAAGGCUGAAAUUCUUGACGAUUUAUACAUGAUAGUGGCUUGCUUCCUUCCUUGCAGCUGCUUGACCUGAUUUCUGGAAAAUUGCAAAACCCAUGGGAAUUGUGGGUACAUAGUUUUUUCUAAGAAAACAGUCCCCUGUAAGUGAUUUCAAAUGAAGAUACAAAAAUCUCAUAUAGGUAGUAGCUGCUGCUUAAAGCUGUGUCUUCAGAUAUGUUGUCAAGCUCUCCUGGGCAAAUGCAAUACCUUGCGUUAAAGCUAGGAUAACCAGGCCUCUUUCUGAUGCCCGUACAUGCCAGGUUUUGUAGUACAAUCUGUAUUACGUAUGUUUAUGCUUUUAAUGAAAACUAAAAUCAAAAUAGUGGAUUUCCUACUCUUUAACCUUUCAUUUGUAUGAUUCGUUCCUAGUGUUGUCUCUUUCCACCCUCCAUCCUGUGACAGCCAGAGGUUCUUACGUAGUCAAAGGAAUGACUGCAAUUUGUGCGGAAUUGAAGAGAUUUGGUGUGGUCUGAACUUCAGUCUUAAUUUUUAAGGAGUCCGUGCUGUAAAGUCUGAGUUGUGUCAAGUGGUGCAAAAUUUCUCAAUAUGUGACAGUUUAUUGUAUGAAGAAAAUACCCCCUUCGGUUUAUAAUUUUUCUACUGAAAUACAUUUUGAAUGAAUGUUUUCCAUGGUAGCAAUUCAAAGAUAUGUUAAAAAGUGUGCAGUUAAUUAAAUGAUGCACUAAUUUUAAAGAUUUUUUUUCCUUUAAAACUGUAUUUCAGAAUUAGAAUACUACUACUUUUAACCACCAUUUGUGAAAGUUUAGAAAUGAAAACCCUUUUGAAAAAAACAAUGCUUGUCAGCUAUGAUGAGUUGGAACAGUAUGGAUUUAUGGAUGUUUCUUUUGCAAACAUUGAAGUGGAUCGCAGACAUGGUUUUCGGAAGCAUGUACUGGCUUACGUUUCUACAGCAUGUGAGAAAGCAUGCUUUCUGAGUGCAUGACUACUUCAUAAUCCCCUUGAAGUAGUUCAAGCUAAUAUGAUUAAUGUUCCUGUAACAAAAUAAUACAAAAUAGAGUUAAAAUUGACCCUGAAGGAUCAUCCAGACCUUUCCACUGUCCAAAGGAAGGAUAAGCUAUACCUAAACUGUUUGUAGCAUCUGUCAUACUCUUAAAAACAUGCUGUGACAAAGAUGACACUCUCUUCACUCUAAGUUAUCUACAAGUUUUUUCCUCCACUAAUGUCUUACACCUUUCUCAUUUAAAACUAUGUGAAAAUGUCCAAAGUUGAUCAUAUAUUCUAUUUUAGCAACAGCAUUUAAUGACUGAUAAUCUGUGCAACCUUCUGGCUUUGUAGACUGGAGGUUGUUAGUGGUUUAUUCUCCUGUUUGAACUACAGAAGUCAUCUGCAGUUGUAAAUGACAAUGUGUUGCUUGUACUGCUUGCUGUUAUAGAAACCUCUUACCGUUAUAGGUCAGACUGGUCUGGCAAGCAAAGUACUUUAUGCCAAAAAUGUGGUGGUUGCACUUGGCAGCUUACAGUGAGAAAGUUGAGUAUAAAGGCUUUAGAAUACAUCUUUAAAAAUAAAUUUUGAUUUUUUAAAAAAAAAUCAUUGAUAAGAAAUACAUAGUCCCCGGUAAAUUGUCUCUACUACCUUACUGCUUUCAGUUUUUCCACAAUAACUGAAUAAUUGCCUUUAUGUUUUCCCAAUUGAGUACUAAGCAUUUCCAGUUAGAUAUCCCAAAUCUGAUCUUUCGAGUGUUAGCAACUCUGUGAGAGCUAACCAGUUAUUUAAGACUGUCUUCAUUUAUCAUUGCUACCUGAGAAAACGAGAAGGGGUGUACAGAUUAGGCUUUGAAAAAGAACGAUCUGCAUUUAAUGGAUGAGAGCAUUCGAUUUGUAACCAAACUUGUAGCCAGACUGAAGGGCCGAAUUCAGACUCAGAUGGAGUUUGCAUGUUUGACUCCAGUCGCAUAACCUCCACUAUCUCCCUCUAGUCCUGUAGCUGCCUGAGAGAAUGUCAUCACUCCAGCCUUUGUCAGUAGAGUUUCCUAGAUGUCCAGAGCUCCAGUUACCGAUCCGCUGCUCCGAUGGGGCGAGGAGCUUGGUGCCUAUGUCUCAUCAGGAUCCACAAACCGGGUGUCUGUGUGCCAAGGGCGGCUUUUGGAUCGUGUGCUCAGACAGCGUUGACUUCAGCACAAAACGCUGCCGCUUUCAUGUAACUGUAGGAGAAGCAACAUUGGAGGUGAAGGGAUUCAGGCUCUUUUUUCUCUGUCCUUGACAACUGUGUGCCAGUUCUAGAUGCACCAUCGCUGCCACCGAUUUGUCCCUGUGUGGUUGCCAGGAGGUGAUUCAGAGGACUUACGUGAGGAGCUCUGACUUUGCUUCCUGGCAGUCUUCCUCAGGUUCCCUGAGUCACUGAGAGGCAGUAAUGAUUGGGUUGUGGGGAGAUCUCCCCCACUUUGCCCUACUGAACUAGUAGACUCUUCGUGUAACUUCUCUGCGUGUGGACAUUGCCAACAUGUACCAGUUAAAGAAAAAAAACAACACAACACUUUAAAAUAUGAGUCCAUGUUGAAAAAUGUCAAAGAUGGGUAGAGAACUGUCGAAGGGCAGAUUUAGAAGAUAAAACUCCAGAUCAACUCAACAAGCAUUACAGAUUGUGUGCUAAACAUUUUGAGACUUCUAUGAUAUGUAGAAGUAGCCCUUACAGAACGGUUUUACGGGAUAAUGCUGUGCCAACUAUAUUUGACCUUACAAGUCACUUGAACAAUCCCCACAGCAGACAUAGGAAAAGGAUAAAAGAGCUGAGUGAAGAUGAAAUAAGAACACUGAAGCAACAAAAGAUUGAUGAAGCUUUUGAACGGGAACAGGCAACUCAAGAAUUGAACGAAAGCAAUGAACAAAAUACUGUCUCAGAGGAAGGAGGGGAAGAACAAGAGGAAGAAGCUGUCCCCUUAACACUGGAAGAAAGAGAAAACAAAGAUUACCUUAAAUCUUUGUUUGAAAUUUUGAUCCUAAUGGGUAAACAAAAUAUUCCUUUGGAUGGCCAUAAUGUUGAUGAGCUUCCAGAAGGUAUUUUUACUUCAGAUAACUUUCAGGCUCUACUGGAAUAUAGAAUAAAUGCUGGAGAUGAAGUUCUGAGGAAACGAUUUGAGAUGACUGCAGUCAAUCUUGAGUAUUGUUCAAAAACUCAGCAGAAGCAAAUGCUUGAGAUCUGUGAAAACUGUGUUAGAGAAGAGACACUGAGGGAAGUAAGAGACGCACACUUCUUUUCUAUUGUCACUGAUGAAGUAGUAGACAUAGCAGGAGAGGAACAUUUGCCAGUGUUAGUGAGAUUUGUUGAUGAUUCUCAUAAUCUGAGAGAAGAAUUCAUAGGGUUUUUACCGUAUGAGGCUGAUCCUGAAAUUUUAGCUGUUAAGUUCCACACGACUAUUACUGAAAAGUGGGGUCUAAACAUGGAGUACUGUCGAGGUCAAGCCUACAUCGUCUCCAGUGGGUUUGCUUCUAAAAUGAAGAUUGUGGCUACAAGACUCCUGGAAAAGUAUCCACAAGCUGUGUAUACACUGUGUUCCUCUUGUGCCUUAAAUGUUUGGCUGGCAAAAUCUGUUCCUGUUGUUGGUGUUUCCAAUGCAAUGGGAACAAUUGAAGAAGUUUGCUGUCUUUUUAAUCAGUCUCCGCAAUUACUAGUAGAACUGGACAACACAAUUUCUGUUCUUUUUCAGAACAAUGAGGAGAAGGGUAAUGAGCUGAAGGAGAUCUGCCGUUCUCAGUGGACAGGCAGGCAUGAUAUUUUCGAGGUUUUAGUGGACCUCAUGCAAGCAUUGGUACUGUGCUUGGAUGCGGUAAGCAGCGACUCGUCUAUUAGGUGGAACAACUUUAUUGCGGGUCGAGCAUUUGUACUUUCAAGUGCACUAACAGAUUUUGACUUCAUUGUCACUAUUGUAAUUCUGAAAAACGUUCUGUCUUUUACAAGAGCAUUCGGAAAAAAUCUCCAAGGACAAACAUCAGAUGUAUUUUUUGCAGCUAGCAGCUUAACAGCAGUGUUGCAUUCUCUGAAUGAAGUGAUGGAGAAUAUUGAAGUUUACCAUGAAUUUUGGUUUGAGGAAGCAACGAAUUUGGCUGCAAAACUGGAUGUACAAAUUAAACUCCCAGGUAAAUUUCGCAGGGCACAACAGGGGAACUUGGACUCUGAGGUAACGUCAGAAAAUUACUACAAAGAAAUCCUUAGUGUCCCCACAGUGGAGCAUAUUAUUCAAGAAUUAAAAGAUAUGUUCUCAGAACAACAUUUAAAAGCUCUUAAGUGCUUAUCGUUAGUGCCCUCAGUCAUGGGGCAGCUCAAAUUCAAUACGUCCGAGGAGCAUCACGCUGACAUGUACAAAAAGGACUUGCCUAAUCCAGACACACUUUCUGCUGAGCUUCAUUGUUGGAGAAUCAAGUGGAAGCACAGAGGAAAAGAUAUUGAACUUCCAGCUACUAUUUAUGAAGCACUUCACUUGCCUGACAUAAAGUUUUUCCCUAACGUUUACGCAUUGCUUAAAGUCUUGUGCAUACUUCCAGUGAUGAAGGUGGAGAAUGAAAAAUAUGAAAUAGGACGAAAGCGCUUAAAGGCUUACCUGAAAAACACCUUGACAGAGCAAAGGUCAAGCAACCUAGCUUUGCUGAACAUAAACUUUGAUAUAAAACAUGACUUAGAUUUAAUGGUGGACACCUACAUUAAACUCUAUCCAGACAAAGUGGAAUUUCAAGAAGACUUUAUUCCCUCAAACAACUCUGAAGUAGCAGAAGAUGCUUAAUUUUUUAAGCUUUAAUCAAUCUGUUGAAACAGCUUUUUCUUAGCUAAGUUUCAACACCGAGGAAAAAACUGUGAAAUCUAAAAAAAUCACUGCAAUUGUAUUUCCAUUUUAGGUCUCAGACUGAAGAAGCUGUGUCAGUGACCCAAAUUAUGUUUUGUUAGUCUGCAUUAAAUGUGUUAUGCAAACAAAACCAAGCCUGAAAAUAAGCCCGUGCUCUUGGCAGAGGUGCUUUCUACCUUUGAUUGACUUCACUAGGUGCUCGUUUACUUUAUUGCAUCUUGGAAAAAGUACAUUGUGAUUGUAGAUCUGAUGGGGCUGUUACAUAUUCACUCAUUAAUUAGGAUAAGAAGAAAACCUCAAUGUUAGAAAGAGUAUAAUCCAUUUCAGUUCUGUUACUUAAGAUUUUAUUCUUUUUGAAAACUUAAAAAAAAAGUCUUUGGUGUAUAUUUAAUUGGCAUUUUGGAGAGUGGAUUCAGCUAUUGCACAAUCCUCGUGCUGUGGACUGUUCUUGAUGUAAAGUGAAUGUUAGUGAUAUAGAGGUACGUUUACGGUUUCAUUGGAAGAGUCAACCUCUUUAAUCUCUUGAUGAUUGUUUACAUUCCUUUGUGUGAGACACAAACCAUUUUUUUUCUUUAGGCUUUUAACAGGCAUGGCAGGAGUAAAUUCCUAAAAGACACUAAAAACUUAAAAUUUAUUCCACAAAUGUUUAAAUCUGUUCAUUCUAUCCUGACUCUGACACAAACCCGUGCAUCUUAUUGUCUGUUUAUUCGUAAACUCACCCAGGAAAGAUUAAAAUAAGAGUUUGUUGUUUGUCUAGAAGUAAGAUCGAAAAUAUUGCUGUUAUUUUUGGCAAGAAUAAAACAUUUUUGUACAGUUUAUUGCAAUUUAAAAUAAAAUGUGAAUUGCUUUUUACAUAGUAUUGAAUUUCUUAGUAAAGCUGUGCCUCUGAGAAUGUGUAUUCUUUUGUAAGGUACCUUUUAGUUUUGGCAAUUUUUUCUCCAUUGUUUUUGGAAUUCUAGUGAGUGGUAUUGUCUUAAGACACAGAAAACUGUGUAAUAGCGCUUCUGAUCUGUAUGUUCUACUGAAGGUUUUUUAAAGUAUUUUGAGAUAGCACUAAAUACAGUGCUUUUAAUUGUGGAAGUUCUCUCUAACUGAAACAGGCGGAAAGCGAUUAAAUUUGAAAUGGUUCAAAAGUUAAGUUUUGCAGCUAUCCUGAUGCAUGCCAAUUUUAUAACUUAUUUACAGUGUUCCUUUUAUGUACUUUCCAGUUGCAGUGGGAAAGGCCUCCAGCAACAGAAAAUUGAAUGAUUGUAGAGACUGUGACAAAUACAGUUCUUAAUGUUUAAUGCAAUCAAACAAUAAGAAUAAAUUUGAAAAAAAAUCCACCUUUACUAAAUAAGCUUAGAUAUUAAAGUGGUGAUGUACAUCUUAAGAAAUGCUUUCAGGAGCUUUUAUUUGCAUUGGAGUAGUAAAAAUUACUCGUAAAAAGUAUUGUCUUUUCUUUCCAUUGCUAUUUGUGUAUGCUUUCUGGCAUGCUUUCAUGUUAAUGCAAUUGUUGCCUCAAUCAGUAAAAAGUGUUUUAGCUAAUAGCUUGCUCUAUUCCUCUGAAUACAUGAAAAUAGCCCAAAUCUAUAGUAAUUCUAUUUUUUAAAAAAAAAAGGGAGGGGGGGCAUUUUAAAAUUAGAAAUCAUACGGAAAAUUGUCUUUUUUUAAAAAAAGAUCUCAAUUACAAUUUUAAUAAAAUAAAUAAAUAAAUGGAUCUUUCCCAUCCUGGGAAUGUCUGUGAGUUCCCCCGCUAAAGACAGCAAUGCGAGGUGGUCAUGACCUCUGAGAUUGUGAGCCCCAUAUCAAUAGUCGGGUUGGAUGAGCCCAGGCUUACAGGCGUAAUCGGAGAAGGAAGAUUGAUACCCAGUGCCAUAUAAUUGGCCAAAAGAGCUGAAGACUACUUUCUGACUGUGUAAAUGAGAUCUUUUUGACCAAUGUACUGAGACAAAUUGAAGAAGGGAAAUGCAGUAAAACACUCCUUUGGCUACUGAAGUGUCUUCUGGAGCUCAGCUGAGACAUACAGUUGUGACUAGCGUUGCUAAUUAGCUGGCUCCAAGACCCUUGAUUGCUUGGUGUGCUCGAUCAUUGCACUGCCUUUCACAGAGGUGCGUAAGAUUGUCUGUAAUCAAUCAAAAGCUCCUUAUUUAGCCUAUUUGAAUUGUCCUCUUGGAGAGGAAUGCCUCAUUUUCUCGGCGCGUCAGUGCAUCGCUUAAGAACCUGUGGCAGGUAGUCUGAAUAGCGAUGGCUUGGCAGGAUGCAGAGGAGCAAAGGAAUAGCAGAUUGCAAGGCUAGGUACCCCUUUAACUUAAGAGCUUUGUGUGGAGGAAAACCUUCCACUGAAACUAGAGUGGCUCCCAUCUUAUUUCUGGGGGUGCAGAGAAACGGUACGACUGAAGUGGAACCCAGUAAUAUAUUUUUAAAGAGAACACUUGCUAGAGCAGGUCAGAGACUGACAGAGAAGUGUCUGAAGAUGGGACAAACAAUCACUGAAGAUAAACUUUGAUUCCUUUUUUUUUUUUUUUUUUUAACUCAUUCAUGAGACAGAGGGAAUUAUCAUCUCAAAUAUCUUGCCAAUUCAGGGCAGUGUGUAUUUCCAAGGUGUAUCUGAGGUAUUUACUUUGCUUUGACCUGGCUUUCUGGCAGAUUCUAUAUAAUGAAGCAAUAGGUCUAUUUAAUUUAUUUUAAUUAUCACUGCUGAGAUAUAAAUAAUGUUAGUGAAAGUGGAUUUUCCUUAGCUGCUCAGCUGAUUGUGUUUUGUGAAAGCAAUGCUUGUGUGAAUACACAAAUUCUAUUUCCUUUUCCCAUGCACAGAGUUCCUGUUAGAAACCAAUAUUGCUUUUUCAAAAAGUAGCAUGUAGCUUUCUAUCUCCUGUAGUCUUAUUUCUAUCACUGGCUGCAGAAAUCCUGUAACUGCUUAUUUGGCUGCCAAGGUUCUGCUGUAAAGAAGCAGAGGACCAGAACCACUUAAUGAUUCUGGGUGCAGCUAUCGUGUUCCCCCCGUGCUCUGUUUCUAUGAAACACUGCAGAUCUGUUGCCAGAAACAUCCCAAUUACCCUAAGAAGAUGAAAAUAAAUCUCUUUACUGGA